UGAUUUCUCCUUUUCUUGAAAGGUUUUUAAGUUCAACACCAGAGGAUUCACCGUCUCGGAUACCAUUGUUACAGUUGCUAGGGGAAAUGUACAUGAAGCAGCCACGGAUAGGAUAUCAUUUACUGUAUUUUCUUAAAGUUGGGAAACUUAACGAUGAAAAAAUGUCAACGUACAAAGAUUUUGUGAAAAGUUUAGAUGGUUACUCUCUGGAAUCGUGUUUAAUGGCCGACAUGAAAAUCUGUCAAGAAGAUGAUGUACGGUUGUUUACAUUUCUCAUGCCGGACAUUUACACACAUUUUCCAAACACGUGUAUGGGCAGCGCGGAGCUGCUACAACUGAUAGUUUCAUCCAUUGACGGAUCUCAGUUACAAGACCUCAUCUGUCAGAUACUUCAGGGAAAUCUCGUCAUGUUUAGAAAGGAGUCGUUUCUGUCAGUUCUGAAUGCCAGCUUGGAAUGGGAGACUUUAGAACAGUACUUCCUAUGGCAGCUCAUCACAGCUCACAAUAUACCCGUAGAACACAUAAUGGCCUAUCCCUACCCAAACUUGACUUCAAACCCCUCAUCUGAUCUCUUGCGACCGAUUCUGUGUAGAGAAUGUAAAAGAAAUGACUUUUUUACUGUUUCAAUUCUGAACUACUGGGCUCAGGAAUUCGAGGACAAAUUAGCGGAAUUGAUCUAUUCUCAGUUUUCAAAAGUGAACGGAGGACACCGAGCAAGAAGCGCCAUAGUGUUAAAUCAUGAAAGCAUUCAGGACAGGCAUUACAACAAAUUCAGCAGACGGCGAGCCGAGUCACAGAAGACAAA